AUGGCCUUCCUGUGGAUCCUCUCCUGCCUCGCCUUCGUCGGCGCCGCCUACGGUGAGACAGACUUUGUAACGUUAAAGAGAGUGAGGCAUGAUGGGUAGAGAAAUCUGUACCACCAGCAGAAUGAAGUUUGAGUUUGUACAAAAGACUGUAAAUCUAAAGUUGGUGUGUUUGCCAACAUUUAAAAGUCCUUUUUUUGACAGUUACGUUUCAGUGGAUGAUAAAUUUGGAGACAACAAUAUCUGCGAUUUCAUAAGAACGUCUGAUCUGAAGCUCAUAUUUAGUCCAAUAAUCGUCUUUAUGAUGUACAAGAGUAAAGAUUAAUGAGACACAUGCUAAUCAUUAAGGUUGACAGUUGAUCUUUAUGUUAUUUUAAGUCAUUUAUGAUGUCCUGAUGAUGUCACCAGGUUGCGGCAACCCCGCCAUCUCCCCCGUCAUCACCGGAUACUCUCGUAUCGUGAACGGUGAGGAGGCUGUGCCUCACUCCUGGCCCUGGCAGGUGUCCCUGCAGGUAAAAACACGAAUACACCGGAUACAUGCGCACAUGGGUACAAACAACCAUCUGAUCGAUAAUUACCUGUCUGUGAUUGGCUAGAGAGAGGAAGUGGGUGUGGCCAAUACAAGAAACUAGUUUUUUUGCAACAAUUAUUAUAAAAAAUCAAAAAAAGAAAAGACGGUUCUCAGUCCAAUGGCUGUACCUUCUGUUAGCCGCUUGCUAACGUGUUUUAGCGAUUGUUUUGGUACGUAAAACUUUGACCUGGGGUUGACCUAGUCGUAAGCAGCUGAAAGGAGAUAUGGUUCAAAGUUUAAGGUUUUUCCUUUUGAACAUGGAGUUAUAGAAGAGACUGAAGGAGCUCAAUGAUACCUACGAUGGCUCCACCUUUUCUUGUCCCUUUCUCCUUCUUGAUCAGGGACUGAGUUUCCUUUCCUCCAAAAGACCCUGAACUUAACUCUAACGUAUAGUUUGCCUCCUUCUUUAAAACAAAACACCAACAGACGACAGGUAUGCAGCCCACUGCUUAAAGUUAGAGAGAUGAGGUCCACAGUAUGAAGCAGAUGGAGUCAAUAACGUGGGCUGAAUCAAACGUCUUCCAACUGGGUUUUUUGUUAAAUAGGCCGUUUCUUUGAGAGCUGCAGAGUUUUGAAUGACGUUAAGCUAAAGUCUCUGAAUCCAGCUAAACGAAAAGUUUUUCUGUGACAUCAAGAAGUGCGUGCAGAGAUGAGGAGGUGUGUGCUUCAAUAGGUCCAUGCAUUUGUUGUUGGGUGGAUGGAGCAUGAUACCCCAAAGACAGCUCAGUAAAAACCCUGCUGUCUUAUAGACUGGUGAGGAUGAGAACACAUCGUUUUUAACCUCUGGAUCAUAAUGAGCGUAUUCUCAUUUUAAAACUAUCCAAGUCUAUCUCAUUGUUUGAGCCUUUCCCCGUUCAUAUUCAGGUGUCGUCAGUCAAACUCUUGUUGCUGUCUUUCAGGAUUACACCGGCUUCCACUUCUGCGGAGGCUCUCUCAUCAACGAGAACUGGGUGGUCACAGCUGCUCACUGCAAUGUCAGGUAAACAAACUCAUCCUCUCACCUCAGUCCAGAGUUCCUCAGAGGUUUUCGACUCUCGUAAUUCUUGUUUCUGCUCUUUAGGACUUCCCACCGCGUCAUCCUCGGAGAGCACGACCGUUCCUCCAACGGUGAGGCCAUCCAGACCAUGAGGGUUGGCAAGGUGAGCAUCAAAAACCUCAUCUUUGACCCUAUGACCAUUAUCAUUCAUCUUCCAGUCAUAACAUCCAUGCUAUUACCUGACAGGUGUUCAAGCACCCCCGCUACAACGGCUACACCAUCAACAACGACAUCCUGCUCAUCAAGCUGGCCAGCCCCGCCCAGAUGAACAUGCGUGUGUCCCCUGUGUGCGUCGCCCAGUCUGGAGACAACUUCCCCGGUGGCAUGAGAUGCGUGACCAGCGGUUGGGGUCUGACCCGCCACAACGGUGAGGGCAUCUGAGCGGAUCGACCAAUCAGAUAUCAGCAGACAGAGCCGUUAAUGAGUCAGUCUGAUUAAUGCAUGUGUUUGUAUGUUGCAGCCCCUGACACCCCCGCUCUGCUGCAGCAGGCCGCCCUCCCCCUUCUGAGCAACACUCAGUGCAAGCAGUACUGGGGCAACAGGAUCUCUGAGCUGAUGAUCUGCGCUGGAGCCUCUGGAGCUUCCUCCUGCAUGGUGGGCGCUGCAGACAGACGCCUCCUUUAUGUCUCUGAAGGUUUUCUCGUCCUCGCCGUGUUGUUCAUUAUCGACUUGUUUUGUAUUUCAGGGUGACUCUGGUGGUCCCCUGGUCUGCCAGCAGGCUGGAGCCUGGACCCUGGUCGGUAUCGUGUCCUGGGGCAGCGGCACCUGCACUCCCACCAUGCCCGGCGUGUACGCCCGUGUUACCGAGCUCCGCGCCUGGAUGGACCAGACCAUCGCUGCCAACUAA